GACACAGCUGAAUCCACGCCAAUGGUUACUGCAGACACAGCUGAGCCUGCGCAGACACUCACUGCAGACACAAAAGAGACAGACUCAGCUGAGUCUGCGCAGACACUCACCACAGAUGCAGAGGAGCCUGAGAUGGACUCUACAGACCCAGGCGCUGCAUCUGUCUCAGAUGAGCAGGAUCAGAAGUCAUCAGAUACUUCUGAGACGGUGGAGCAGACGGAGAGCGGCACGCGGAGAGGACGAUCAUCCUCUCAGAGGACAGGUGUGUAUGUGUGUCAGGGUAUUUUCUUUUACCUGAGAAAGAAGCCGGAUGUGUUGUUUCUGCAGGACUCGACAGCAGAGGUGAAGGAAGAGCCAGAACAAUCUGCCAAACAGAGGAAAGAUGAAGCGAGUCCAUCUGAAGAUCAGGAGAUGAUCAAAGUGAGUGAUGAAGAAGAGGAGAGGAAAGACGAGGAAGAUGUGACAGAGGACCGGCAGCAGAAACCGGCCCGCCUCGGACGACCCUCCAAAACAUCCUCUGCUACAGACGACUCUGACACAGGAGCCUCAGAUAAAAGAGACGGAGAGAAAGAGGAUGAUGAAGAAGAGACCCGAAGCAGAGCGACGACCCGCGCCGCGUCUCGUCUGGAGGCAGAGAAGAAUAAACCCAGCAAACCGUCCACUCGAGCUGUCAGUAAACUCAGCGGGAAAGAGGAAAACUCCCCGAACACACGAUCGGUGAGGGGAUGCAAGCGUGACUCCAGUCCUGCUCUUCCUCGCACACGUGGAGCACAGAAAUCUGACGAACCACCUUCAAAACGAGCCAAACGAUGAUGAGUCUCCGCUUUAUCUCCUCGAGUUCACCGUUAGUAGUGGUUUAAAGGUCAGAGAGUGUUGGGAAAUGAAUCCGAAUCAGAGCAGCUGAGAAUCAACACGAUUCAAUUCUGCAGACGAAUGACGAGAUGAAGAGACUGAUGAUGAAGAGCUGCUGUGUGUAAAUAACUCAAUAAUAAUAUUCAAUUCAUCAGUGCAGUGUUGACUGUGAGAAACUGCAGGUUUUACACCACUCUGUGUGUGCGUGCGUGCGUGUGUGUGAGAGUGUUGUGUGUGAGUGAGUGUCUGUGUGUGUGUG